AUGUCUAUGAUGCGCGCUCCCCCGCGCAAGCGGGCCUGCCGUCCUCCUCAAGAGCGGCAGCAACUCCUGGAAUAUCUACUUCCCUCACCACCCCAGCCGGAUAAACCGUCUUAUCUUGCCGAGGACCCGGUGGAGCGGAAGCGCCUCCUCGCCAUUGAGCGGGUGCGCGCCAGCAUUCGGGAGCACGUCUACGACGCGUGUGAUCCUAAGCACUGGGAGACAUGGUCGGACGACGACCCCUACGACCCCAUCAUCGACUAUGAGCAGCUCAAAUUCCGGUACAAAUGUUUCGCGCUUGUCGCGCUCCCCAGCCUCUACGACUCAGACGAUGAGGCUGAGAUGGAGAUGGUUGUCCGCCUGCCCGGGAUGCCUAUGAUCCUCUGGGCAACGCUCGAUGGUCGGCGUGCUCAACUCGUACUCCAGGACGCGAUCACGCAGGACUGGCUUGCACGCGGGGGAGACCCGCCGCCUCAGCCCGUCCCGAACACAUGGAUUGACGUAGAUUCAGAUGAAUAG